AGUGAACCCGACCAGCACUAGGACCCGGGGGAAACCCUUCCACCAGCAGAAGGGAGGAGGUUUCUUUACGACUGGAAUUUCUACAAAGUUCCUGUAAACUACAUUUUUACCUGCUGAAAAGCAGCGGGAAUAAACCCACCUGUGAUUUUUAAAUCAAACCAUUACCUGGAGCUUGAAGUGCUGCUGUGAUGUCUUCUUAUCCUUUUGCCCUUUGUUCUUCCUGAAAACACCUGCGUGGUUCAGGUAAUGAAGAGGGAAGUGGACACUGAGUGGUGUGUCAAGUUUGACCUGCAGGUAUGUGCUCCAGUCGAGGCAUUUGUGGGGGCAGCAACAACAGCAACGAGUUAGAAACCAGUGGCUCAAGUGCUCACUAUGUCCUGUGCACCUUCGGAGUGGGCCUAAUCGCCUUCGGGGUCAUCAUGAUCGUAUGGACCGUGAUACCACAGGAACAGGGCACAGUUGCUGCUCCUACCUGGGCUACAAACACCACUGCAGACCCCGGGAUUAACACAGAGAAGCAGACAACGUCCUCAUCAGUGGCUCUGGUCCUGGUCGGCGCCGGGGUGGCUAUGCUGCUCUUGUCCAUUUGUCUGGGCUUGAGGAGCAAGAGGAGAUCACAGAACAGCGCCAACGAGGCGGAAACGCUGAGAGACCCUUUUAUGCAGCGUGUGGCGGGGCAGGAGCAACAGACAGUGGACCCAAAUGCCUACAACGUGCCAAGCUACGAGGAGGUCAUCGGCAGUGAGGACUACCCCGUCCGCCAGAGCAACCUGAGGCGGAACAAUACGCUGCUGCCAUCCUAUGAGGACAUCAUCGCUGCCGUGGAAAACGAGAGAACAGAGCCCACCAACGCUCCCAGAGAGGACGCCCCUCUCAAUGAUCAAACGCCGACUUCAGGUCAACCCACCGCUGACCCUGCCGCUGAUCCCGCCAGCCUCGCUCAUACCCCCAGCAUGCCCACACGCAGUGGCAGCAAAGCCAGCCGCUUACUGAAGCCCCUCCGUGUGAGGAGGAUAAAGUCGGACAAGCUGCACCUGAAAGACUUCCGGCUCCAGAUCCGCAGCCCCACGCAGAACCCUGUGACCAUCGAACCCAUCACUCCGCCCCCACAGUAUGACGGCAAGAUGCCUGAACUGCAGUGACCCCUGUGACUCUCCACAAAUGGUACACCUAACCAGAACAUCUGAUGGUUUUACAGGACUGGUAAUACUUCUAUGUCGACGUCUCCAUCAGUGAGCAGCAGGAUAUGAAGUGUGUGAGUGGCGUAUUUAUUCAGUCAUGAGACUUUAUUACUUCUGUGUAAAGGGAGGUGAAUAUUUUUAUUACAAAAGGACAACAUUUCAGUUUUAUUUAUUAGCCUAAUUAAAUAUCCAUCUCUCCAUAUCUGCUUAGCAAAUAAUAAUAAACUGUGCUAGUUUAAGAUGAAAGAACGAGUGUUUUAAUGUUUAUUUACAAUAUUUUCAUUAGAACUGAAGAUCCGCAACUGACAAAAUAUCAUUGAAGUUUAUGAUUUAGGAGUUUAUUUUGGUGUUACUUUUUAAAAUACCUUUAAAUGAUCGAAUAUAAAAUAAAUAUGGGAAUAAAUUAUAUUUAAAAUCUAAAAGGAGUUGACAUCUGCUAAUUCAAUAAUAAUGAAACCCAUUUGCUUCAGUUUAUUUUAUACGGUUAACACAUGGUGUUCAAACGCAUUAUCUGUAAUAUCUUAUUUUUUAUUGGUUUGGUGUUCAAACUCAUUAUCUUUUUUUUUUUUUUUUUGCAGAUUUGAAGUAGGUUUGUUAUUUUAAAGUAAGAAUCCCUUAAAAAAACAAACUGAUCUCAUUGAUCUGAAAUUGAUGUUCAAACUGCUUUUAUUUUCUUUUAAUUAUCACAUGAUUUUGUUUUAAUGUGAAUGCUGUUAACUGGUGGUGUAUUUUCCUAGAAAUGACUGUCGUUGUCAUUUUACUUGCUGGAUAAUAAAAUCUAAGUGUUAGUUAUUUAUAUUUUCAUUACUUAUGUUCUUUGCAACAAUUCUUAAGCUUCUUUAGUUUUGUGCAUUUACCGCCGUCUAGUGGGCAAAAUAGAGAACGGUCAAGGUAGAAUAUUUAGGCUUUUUAUGCACAAAACAAUUUCUGCUAGCAAAGAUCUGAUGACUUCUGGUGGCAGAAAAAAGUGUUCAUGUGUGAAAACAACCUGUUGGUAGAAUGUUGGUUUAAAAAUAUUUAACAAGAAAAAUCUCAAGUUAUUUGUUUCACUACUUUAGCUUAAAAUCAGCAUUUUGAUGUGUUGACAUUGUGUGAAUCUGAAACUAAGAUUUAAUUCCCUGCGUUUAUUUCUGCUUCACCAUUUGUGUUUUAUAUAUAAUAAAAUUUUGAAAAUACCUCUAAGUUUUUAAUCAA